UAUAAAAGGAGAAGCUCUUCUCUUCGGUACUACAUUUAAACAGCCGAGCUGAAAAUAAAAGAGAAAAGCAGAAAGAAGGACGACAAGUAGACAAACUGCCUUGUCUCAGUGACCUUUUCAACGUUAACUUCUUUUGGAAGUUUGAGCUAUAGUAAAAUUUGCGACAACAAAAUGAUGAGAAAAGUGAUCAUCAAUGCUAUGGUGGUCCUGCUGACCGUCAAUGAAGCAAUGCUUCCCAAAAGCUUAGCAGUUGAGCUGCUCUGCCGUUGCAACCAGACAGAGAGCAGGCCCAUUGGCCGCCACAUCGAAAAGGUGGAGCUGAUCCCUGCCAACUCCCAUUGCCAGGAGACAGAGAUCAUUGCUACCCUUAAAGUCACCGGCCAGGUGGUGUGCCUUGACCCCGAGGCUCCUUGGGUGAAGAAAAUCAGGGAGAGGAUUCUUAAUGAUUAGGUUAAAGACAAUGGCGCCACUAGGUGGUGCGCAAGUGCCUUAUAAAUUUCCUGGCCCUCAAACUGGCUAGUAUCCGUUAUAGUUGUGCAUGCCAUCCUAAACGUUCAAUGGUUCCACCAGAGGUGGUGAUCUAAACUUCUUUUAACCGGAAUCAAACAAUUGAUCCAUAUAAGGAAAUUCCUCUUGUAUAAAGCAAAUAUAUGAUUCUCUCUGAAAUUGCUUUUAUUGUAACACCUGUGUUUCCCAAGUAUGUAGUUGUAUUGUUUACAAUAAUUGUACACCUUGUGCCUUAUGUGGUCAGUACACAGUAAAACAUUAUUAUACAGUA